AUGGCUUUGGAUAAAAAAGAUUCGGCCAAUACAUUUAACAUUAGCCACGUAACAUCCAAGAUGAAUAAAAAUAUUCAUCCUUGCGUAGAUUUUUACGAAUUCGCUUGCGGAAAUUACAUAAGGGACACCUCAAUUUCUAACCGUUAUCGUGAUUGGACAAUACGUUCUCAAAUAGGCGAAUCUUUACUAUUAAAUAUCAAGAGUAUAUUGGAAAAUCCUCAUACAAAAUACGAAGGAAUGGCAGAGAGACAAGCCAAGAUAUUUUAUGAUUCUUGUGUAGAUAAGGCUAACAUUAGAGAAACAUUGGAAGGGCAACCUUUAAUCGAUCUAUUAGAACUGUUUGGCGGUUGGGACAUCUUAAACAUGAAUAACAAGCCUUCCCCUUUCAUAGAUGAGUCUUCGAACUUAAAAAAACUCAAGUAUCCGGACGCAGCGUUUACUGAAAAUUGGAAAAUGGGAUUCUUUGACAUAUAUUCAGAAAUAGAUCCCCAAAAUUCUUCUAUGCAUUUAUUCAAUAUUAAAGUAGUAGACCAACUUACAAUACCAAAUCGUGAUACUCACAAUGUCAUUUUUAUAUAUCCAGAAAUGGACAAGGCCCACCUAAACUACAUGAAAAACAUUGGAAAUUUGUUGUUAUCGGACACUAACAAAACUUCUAAUCAUUUUAAAAUUCAAGACAAGGAAAGAAGAUUCAAUCAUAGGGACAUUAAUGAAACUCUUGAUUACCCGAAUAAAGAAGAACCUACAAAUAGUCAACUACAUAUUGCUAUGAACAAAGUGCUAGCGUUCGAAAAGCUUUUCCGCCAAAUUAAUUGGACCAAACUGAUAAAACAAAUUUUGAAACCUCUAAACAUGUCCGUAUCUCCAGAUGACGUUUUCUAUGUACAUCACUUUAAUCGCUUGAGAAGGUUAAGUAGUUUUAUCAAGCAUUUCUUAAACAACCAAACCAAGUUUUCAAAAAGAGAUUUACAUGAUUACAUAAUGUGGCAUAAUGUAAAUAACCUCACCAAAUUAUUGUCCAAAAAGUACGAGGACGCUUAUACCCCGGUUCUCAAAAUUAAUAAAAUCUAUGAUAAAGAUCCUAUUUGGAAAAAAUGCUUAAAAAUGAUUCCGGAUUUCCUGCAAAUCCCACUCAGUUCCCUUUACCUGAGAUACAAUUUCGAUCCUCUGGAUAAAAUUAGGGUUGAAGAAAUAUCUGAUAUUAUACGAGACACUUAUGUAAAAAGUUUUCACAAAAAUGUUUGGAUGGAUGAAACUUCCAAAUCUAACUCCAUUUAUAAGGUUGUUCAUGAUAUGUAUUUUGUUAAAUUCCUUUGA